AUGAACUCUGUUAAAGUUGGAUUUUUGGGACCCAAAGGAACGUUUAGCAAUAAAGCAGCACUUUUAGCAAAACCCGAUGCCAUUCACAUUUCAUUGCCGACGCUAGCAGCUGUGGUAGAGGCAAUUGAAUCACACCAAGUAAAUUUGGGGCUUCUACCUAUUGAAAACUCCACGAAUGGUUCUGUAAUUCCUGCUUAUGAUCUCUUAAAAUAUAAUAAAGACAUAGUAGUUUUGGACGAGAUACUGGUACCCGUUCAUCACUGUAUUGUUGGCCAUUCUCUAAACAAUGCUAAUAGACUUUUGAGUCAUCCUCAGGCUUUCGGGCAAUGUACAAAAUGGAUUAAGGACAACCUACCUGGUGUAACUGCUGUGCCAGUUAAUUCGACAAGUCACGCAGCAGAAAUCGCAUCUAAUGAUCAAACGGGCUCUACGCUAGCAAUUUCUAGCCAGUUCUGUGCAGAUGCAUACAACUACAAAGUGUUGGUGAAGGACGUUGAAGAUGAUCAAAAUAACUGCACCAGAUUUCUUUUAUUAACUUCUCGUGUUUCCAACACAAUUCCGAUUGCGCCCGAAUGUACAAGAGAAAAAAAGACAUUUUUGCAGUUCACAGUCUCUCACACAAAAAAGCUUAAUUAUAUUUUUCAAAUGCUUCUUCAAGAAAACUCAGCUUUUACGAACUUGGUCACACGUCCCUCUUGUCAAAAUCCUUGGACAUACGUAUACUUUAUAGAGUGCGUCGGUUUGUCACAAACACUUCUGUUACGAAUUGAAUCAGUUUGUGAUGAAUUUAGUUUUAUGGGAAGUUACGAAAAUAAGACUACAAAAGUAGUUUAA